AUGUUGGGGUCCGAGAUCAAACAUUCAGUUCUGGACGUCGUUGGGAAUCUGGCAAGCUUCUACGAAGAUCCGCUCACACCUACAGGAACACAGUAUGAUCAUCCAUUCCUUAAUUAUGCCUCUACGCACUGGCUGCAGCAUAGUAAAGCAUUUCAAGAGGGAUUCUCUAAAACCUGGGAUCUUUGGCAGAAGAUGAUUAGGCACGGACAUACCUUGGCCCAAUUUCCUUGGGCACCAAGUCUACUCGUGCAUAACCUCCCACAGGGGGAACCCGAGCAGCGGUUUAAUGAUGAUAGUCGUUACUUUGCAGCCAUGGGUUACUCCAAUGCCAGAAUACGGGAACAUCACCCGCUGAAAUGGGCCUUCAACCACCGCCACCGUGCCCUUGUGUGGUUAAUAUUUCAGACCAGUCGCAUAUUCCGCGUCUCUUCUCAAGAUCACGUAAUAGCUCUGGUCGCACGAUCAAUAUCGGAGCAGGAUGUUCAACUCCUCGACGCUAUUCUUUCUAAUAACAAUUUCCAAAAUAUUCUGGAUUCCAGCGUGUUUGACGGCGGCACCGCGCUAUGCGCAGCUGCGACGGCGGGCUACCUAGAGGUCACAGAAUCGCUCCUGGCCGCGGGAGCCGAUGUUAAUCUUCCUCUUGAAGUAAAUGGAAUCAAGACGGCGCUGCAUCUAGCUGCGGAGUCAGGAUACUCGGAUGUCACCGCUUGUCUUGUCGCAGCAGGGGCGGAUCUUGAUAAGUAUGUUGAAUUUGAGGGUGACUAUUUUACUGCUUUGCACUUUGCUGCCAAAGCAGGACAUCAAGAAGUCGUCGAAAUUCUCCUCAGAGCUGGGGCAGAUGUCAACGCCCGUGUGUUCAAUCAUGGCAAGCGAACCCCUUUACAUCUGGCUGUGGAGUCGGGACAUCUGGAAAUCACCACGCGUCUCCUCGCAGCAGGGGCGGAUCUUAAUGAGCUUGUUGAGAUCAGGGGUAAAACUUUCAAUUCAUUAAGCCUUGCUACCUUAAAUGGUCAUCGGAAUAUAGUUCAAGUUCUCCUCCCGUUAUAUGCAGAGCGCCGCUUAUCCAGUGACAUGGAAAAUGACAGCUUUUUGCUUUCGGAGGAUGAAGAUUAG